GACCUAAGUCGGUGGGUUUUUGGUUGGUAAUUUUUUUGAUGUCGGGCGGUUGCGUACAUGUAUCAAUCAAGUUAGAUAUCUUACAUCCAGAUUAUUUGUGUGAUCUUGUAAAUAAAACACCAGAAUCGGAAAUUGGUGGAUGUAAGAAUGUGUUUGGAGAAUCUGUUACAAAGGGAUCUAUAUUCCUUGACGCACUCGAUUUCCAGCGCAAUAAAAUUAAAAAUCUUCUAAAUGAAACACUCAAAGAAAAGUUGAGCACAUCCAAUAAAGGGUUGUUAUCUACUGCGCAAAAAGACUUAGACGCAAUGGAGAAGAAGAGGAAGAUAGCCAGGUCCGUAUAUGAUGAAAUGCUUCAAUAUGGUAAAAGACUUCUAGAAUGCAUCAGAAUUUUAAAGGAUGUCAAUGAUGAGUUACAAAAUGUUUCGUCAUUAAGAUGUAACAGCGUAAUUAAUGGAAUGUUCAAGGAUAUACCGUCGUUGUUUAAAGUCCAUGAACAUUUGACUGAAAGUUUUGAUUCCUGUGAAGCUGAAGACAUAGAAUUGCCCUCAACUUUUACCAGUGACAAGGAGAUGCAAAUCUUGAAUAUAUACAAGAGCUUCUUAUGUCGUUAUGCAGUGAAUUUCAAGACUUUUUCGGAAAUGUAUUCCACGAAUGAAGAGCUUCAAAAUAUAUGUAAAGGUAUCGUUGCAAAAUCUCAGUAUCAAGAGCAACGUAUUCAGAAUGUACCUGGGAUGUUCUAUGGUGUCAGCACAGCAUUACCACGAUACAAAGAUCUCAUUUAUAGUAAGCUUCAAUUGUUAAAGAACAUCUCCGAUAAUUUGAGUUAGGGCUUAAAGGAACCAUGUUUUCGAGCGACCCAGAAUAUACAAAUGUCACAAAGGCUUGGAAUUUCAUCAAGGAUUUAUUGGAUCGUUCGGAACAAGAAAUUAUUUUGCAGGAGAAAAUGUUGAAUGCUAGAGAAGCACUUGGUAAACUGGAUGGUCUUCGUGUAAAGUAUACUCAAAUUCCGUUACUACAUCUAGAAGGUCCCGCAAAGAAACUACCUAGACGUUCAAUACAUAGACGGCUUUUGGAUAGAUAUUUAUUUCUUUUUUCCGAAUAUUUGGUCAUGACUGAAUCCCCUAAUGCCGUUGGUCGUUAUCAAGUUAAGUCAGAGAUAGGUUUGGCUGGAAUGACAUUAUGUGAAGUCAAAGAUGAUGAAGAAAUCAAUGUUGAACACUGUUUUAGAAUUAAAGCGAAAGAGCUAUGCGUUGAGGUUGCUUUCUCAAAUGAUGACGAAAAACAACUUUGGUGGCGUGAACUUCAACAGGCUAUUGAUUGUGAAUGUAAUAAACCGAAUAGUAAUUGUUUCAAUGAAAAAAAGUCAAUAAUGAGUGCAAAUAAUUUAGGUGAAGUUGCAGCUCAAUGGGUUAAAGAUGAAUCAUCCACUAUGUGUACAAAUUGUUGUACAGAAUUUACUACACUUAAUCGACGACAUCAUUGUCGUGCAUGUGGCAAGUUAUUUUGUGGUUCCUGUUCAGCAUAUAAAGCUCCAUUGGAAUCUUGUGGUGGUAAAUAUGAACGAGUAUGUGUUGUAGACUAUUAUUUACUUAAUAAGAAUUUCAAACCUCCAAAACCUAAAAUUAUGGAGGCGAUAUUGCGUCGAGUAGACAAACAGCAACCACCUCAGCCGUUGAGAACUGGUUUCUUAAUGUGGAGUCAUUUCAAUAAUUCAUGGUCUACAAAAUCACCUAUUCGACUACCAAAAUCUUCCGUACAGUAUCGAUCUGUUGAUACAAGUUCUGAAAUACGAAAAGAAUUGCUUCGUGAUAUUGGUCCAUUUAACUCUUCUAGCAAAUUUGCAUGCAAAAACUCUUCUACAGAUCCCGUGGACAAUCAUCAUGAUUCAAAUACCAAAUCAACUUCUAAUUCACUGCCUCACAUCAACAAUCGAUCGUUCGACUCAUCAAUUAAUAUAGAAUCGACAAAUCAUAAAUCAUCAUCUGCAUGCCUAUCUCGUUUAUUUUGUGUUUUACAAACGGAUACUUCAUUCGAAUUCUACGCUGCUCGUGCUGAUACACGUGCAGUAGAUAAAAUUACUGUGAUAGGUUUACGUUUAUUCUACCUAGAUGAUAAUUUCAAUGAUACAUUUUCAAAUCACAAUGGUAAUUUAUCAACAAUACAACAACCUACGCUGCAUACUAAAGCACGAAGUUUUGAUAAUUCGUCUAAUGUGAACAAGGAUUUUCCUGAAAACACUAUUGGGUCAUUUAGACGGGAAUAUUCUAGAUUAUAUAGACAAGGUAAUCCUAUAUAUCGAAACUGUAAACCUCCUCCACGGGAUCGUAACAUAUUUGAUCAUGGAUUUCCUAGUGAAACAUCUAGUCUUUCAGAUGUAACAUCUUUAUCGAAAUCUUAUAUCAAACCAUCAUCAAUUAGUACCUUAGAAGCUGAUAGAUUAUCGAACCGAUCUACACAAUCUUGUAGAGAAAGAUCCUCUAAAGAGAAUCAUAAAAAUUCUGUAUGUAAUUUUUCUGGUGAUCAAUCCAAUGAUGAUGAGGGAAUUGUAACUAACAGUGAAAUAAUAAAACAUGUAGAAACAAUCAGUCCUGAGAUAUUGGGUCUUCUGCGUAAUAAUUUAGGUUUUCUUCUGUUACCUUUAAAUACAGACCGUCCAGCACAUUAUUUUGAAGCAACAACAGUAGAAAUCAGAACACAAUGGAUCAAUUCUAUUCGUCGUGUUUGCAUAGAUUUCAUGUCCUCUCCGCCUUCCAGGUGAACAUGAUAGAGAGGUGAAUGCAUCUACUACCAUCUAUCGGUCAAUAUUUUUGGAUAGAAAUAACAAAUAAAAAGUUGAUUUUAUCAGAUUAUCUUGUAAGAUGUUGUUUGUUUGUUUGUUUUCUUCAUAUUUUAAUACCAUAUGUUUAUUUGUUAUUUUGUUUGUUGAAACAACAACAAAAAAGAUCUUUUUUUAACCUCUCUUAUUCUUUCAAUAUAAUGCGUUACGUUACUUACAAGUAGUAUGUUUAUUUUUUUAUAAAUAUAAUGAAAUUGUGACUUAAUUUCAUCUUGUUGUCAUGGUGUCUCUGUUCCAUGAAUUACUUUUCGAUAUUGUUUUUAUUCCUCAUAUUGAUGAGUUAUGUUGUUUUUUUUUGUUUUUGUAAACGGGCAUAAGUUCGAGUCUUUUCUACUAUUUAUAGUAAUUUUAUUUGAUUUUUUUUAAAGCGUUUUUUUUCUUAUUCUACCGUACUUUUGAUUGUUUAUAUUGUGUUCUUUUCUCCCUCACAUAAUUGAAUAUGAUUUUCUUUUUGUUUAUUCUCAAUUUAAUUUUAAUGGAUGGAUGUAAAUGGGAAGGUAAGAUAAUUCUAUGCUAUUUCUAAUAGUCUAUGUGGUUAGAGACUACUGGAAUAUUGGAUUUCAAUCUGAUUAUGGGUCAUUCAUUUUGUUGAAUAAGACUUUUUUUUAGAAAUAAUUAGUGUCAUUUUAAUGAUUUUGAUUGAUAUCCAGUACUUUAUUAAUGAGUAAUUGGUUUUCCAGCUAAUUACAUUUUGUGAUGUUAUCUGUUCCCCGUAUGUUUUACCCUAACUUACUGACUGAUACAGAAAUACAGUUCUACAAUGUUGAGAUGAUAUUUUUUGGCCUACUGAUCUGACUACAAUUUUGUUGUACAACAAUGUUAACGAACUAUACAUCCUGGCUACACUCGUACAUAAUAAUCGAUUUAAUUCGCGUUAAAGAAUAACAGAAUAAACUAUUCCAAAUAUGAG